GAUUAAUCUUUUAUUAUAGAUCCCCCGAGGAUCUCCUCCAUGUUAUGUGUAUUGUGGCCUUUGUAAUAUAACCGUGUAAAAAUCCUAAUGAGUACCAGCGGCUAAUCCCAAAGGGUUUCAUGGGACUAUGUUGACGAACCAUCUCAAAAGUGUUUAGUGCACGAUCAGACUGUUCCUUUGUUCCAAUCGGUACUGGUUGGAACCUUGAAGCCUUGAAAAUGGCGAUUUAGAACGCCCUUUUAUUCAGGCUCAUACAUCCAAAGCCCCAGGAUUACUGCUGUUUUCCUGCCUGCAACAUGAUUGUCCAUUUUGUCUGAAUGUUUAGUUCAAUGACCCUAUUCGGAUAUGUGUUUUGAGGCUGACAGAGAAAUGGAUCAUUGUGUUAUGGAUGCUGCUGUAAUUCGUCUCCCUUGGUUGGGUUAAUGCCCCUUAAUGCCUAACGAGAUCUCAGACCGACUGAAGGGCGAAGGAGCGUGCAGAGGCAACAGUCUUUUGUGCCCGGCUCCUUUGUCGCGAUUGCGCGUUGAGAAAAUUGAGGGCGGGCUGAUGGUGGCUGGAGUUGUGGUGGCGGCCAACUGUCAAAUUAUCCUCCCGAUUUUUGGUUUUUUGUUUUUGCUUGUGGGCUGCGUGCUAACUGCUGCAUCUUACAGAGGCCCCGGCGUAGACGAAGAACCGGACCACUAUGCAGAACGAAUCGCCUUUACGGGGAAUUCGCGCAUUCUGGGACCAGCCUGUAUGGUAAUCGGGCUUCUUAUGCUCAUCGCAAGUUGCGUCUUGUGCGUUCUGUCCUGUCGGGCACGUCGGAGGGAACAAACUGUCGGAUUCCACUGUCCCUUGCACGGGGACUUUUAUCCCCUCAGUCCUGUAACCAGCUCAAAAACCUUAGAAAUAAUCGAAAGAAACGGAAAAUGUAACUUCUGCUGGCCGCGAAAGCGGGGACCAGGGGCGAUCGCCGUCGGUCCCCCUCAGUGUCCUCACAGUCAAGUGUCCAGCACCAGAAGCUCAAUAGCAAGUUCGCCUCAUAGCCAAUGCCCCACGCCGCUGCCCUUCUUGGUCAACACCGGCCCCUCAAUUGGAGGAAUCACGGCCACCUCAACAGCUCAACAAUCGCCCGCCGAACAGACAUUCGGGUCCAUUCGCUCACUAAACGUAGGACGGGAGGUGGCCAGUUUUCCUCUGUCCAGGACGCCCACUCCUCCGUUGACAUUCGAAAGAUCUCAAAACAUGGUAAACGUUCCCGAUCAAGAAAGACUUGUAGAUUCCCAGUUCGAAACAGUUCCAGUUCACAGGGAAGGUCCGCGAAAAUCGGUCUCAAUCGUGUUGCCGACCGAUGAAGCAGUAUGACCUGUGGAUUUAUAAUUUUAACUUUAGAAACUGUAGAAAUUCAUCAUUAAUCAUCCUUCAUACCAAACAUACUUGAAGAGUAUUUUGAGUCGCGAGAAGAUUCACUAUAUUCCGUUAAGUACAAAAUUAGUAAAUUUGUCAUUGGUUCCUCGAUGUUCUCUGUUUCUGGAAGCUGUAUUAGGACGUGCGACAAAAGACAAACGUUUUUACUUUAAUCAAUUUGAACUAAGGUAAGUCUACUCUAUUAGUUUAAGUAAGCUGUAAUGAUAUUAUCGAUAAGUGCUGUUAGACUGAAAUUUUGCCCCUAGCAAAUGUAGAUGUUAGCCAGUUAAUUCUAAGCAAAUCCUUUCUCUCCCCCACAAGAAAAACACACAGAAAGGCACUUUUACAUUUACUGUGGUAAAUCUUAUAAGCCAGUUCUCAUCUGGGGCAAGCACCAGAGAACUAGUCUUUCGAUUUAUUAGGACGUUAUUUAAGUACAAUGAAAGACUUAAGUAUAUGUGAUUUUAUAUUUAAAUAAUAUUGUUAAUUCAGUGGUAUCUAUAGGCGUUUUGCUAGAUUAUUACCGAUAUAUUCCCCUCUCAAUGGAUCUAGAUAUAGAGGUAUAUACAGUGUGUGGAACAUAAAUUUAUUAUACAUGUAGAGCGGAAACGGUUGUUUAGCGUUAGAUUAGCUGUUACUCGAAUACGCAGCUAAUAUAAAUAGAACCCUAUACUUUU